AUGCGUCUUCUUACAGCAUUUUCCGCGGGCUCUGCCGUCCUUGGCCUCGUUGAGGCCCUUCCCCGUAUCUCCAACUUUUCCAGGCGACAGGCUGCCGAGCUUCGCGCCGAAUAUGACUUCGUCAUUAUCGGUGGUGGUACCGCCGGCUUGACCGUCGCCGAUCGUCUCUCUGCCGCUUUGCCCCACCGUACCGUCCUCGUUAUUGAGCAUGGAAAGGUUGAAGGCACUGUGGGCUACUUCGAUCCCGCCGAUGAUGGCAAAGGUGCUACUCGUCUCGUGAUCAGCUCCUCCCGUCGAGAGCGUUAA